CCGUGACAACGUAUUUGAAAGGUGAAACGCUGCCCGAUUGGCUACUCAAAAGUUUUAAAGUUUUUUUUUGUUGAGAAUUAUUGUGAAGAUUCUUAGGCACUUAUGCCGUUCGUACACCAGGAUAAAAGUCGUGAGGGCGGCGGUUCUAGGGAAAACCGCCGUUCCCUGACCAAUUUCAUGGGCUUCGACGCCCUGCAGCUGUCGCAGCAGGCCGGCUCCUCGAACAGUACACACGAUUCUAUUGAUGGGCCAGUGCCGGGUGGACUCGGCGGCGCAGAAAAGCCUCGCCAGUGGGAGCAAUGGAAGCCAGCCAGCCCCGAGGCGGCACAGAGUCCGCGGAGCCUCGUGCCCGCCACCUGCUUCCCGCCAGGCCCCGCGGGUUUCGCUAGUUAUAGUGAAAACGCGCGGCCAGGCAGCUGGGCGGACGACGGAGCAGGCACGUGGCCAGAGGAUAGUUCUCUGGAAUGGACAGAGGUCCCCAACCAGUACACAGACCUUGUCACGUCCAUGAAGACGUUGUCUAUGUCCGCGGCGGACUUCCGCGGUCCCCGCAGUCCCCGCAGCCCUAGCGCACUGCAGCUCGCGCUGGACCAGGGGAAUGGCCUCAAUAUGCAGCCACCAUGGCCGCCGGAGCAGGCGUCAACGUCUAUGAUAAACAAUGCCCCGGUCAAACCGUAUAUACCAAGCGGCGGACGCGGGUCCCGCUCCGAGCCGCUGCGGUGGUCGGGGCAGCUGCCGGCGCGCGGUGUUGAUGCCAGCGGCGGCUACUCCUCAAAGGUGUUCGUGGGCGGCCUGCCCUGGGACAUCACUGAAGACGACCUGCUUUAUUCCCUCCGGAACUUUCAGCCAGUACGUGUGGAGUGGCCGGGGCGCGAGGGCGGGUGCGGUGCGUCACCGCGCGGGUACGCGUACGUGACAUUCGAGAGCGAGCGGCGCGUGCGCUCUCUGCUGGCGGCCGCGCGCUGCGAAUCCGGCAACUGGUACUACCGCGUCUCCUCGCGCAACAUGCGUAACAAGGAGGUGCAAGUGAUCCCGUGGGCGGUGUCGGACUCAAACUACGUGUGCGGAGGCUCGGUGCGCUUAGAGCCCCGUCGCACCGUGUUCGUGGGCGCGCUGCACGGCAUGCUCGGCGCCUACGGGCUCGCGCUCAUAAUGAACGAUCUGUUUUCCGGCGUCGUAUAUGCAGGUAUCGACACAGAUAAGAACAAGUACCCGAUAGGGUCUGGUCGGGUGACAUUCAACAACGCGCACUCCUACCUGCGCGCCAUCGCUGCAGCAUACAUUGACAUCACCACUGACAAGUUCUCAAAGACCGUACAAGUGGACCCGUACCUGGAGGACGCGAUGUGCUCCGUGUGCAACCUGCAGCAAGGACCCUACUUCUGCAGGGACCCGCUCUGCUUCAGAUACUUCUGCCGCGCGUGCUGGGCCUGGCAGCAUCGCAACGUGACCCACAAGCAGCUCAUGCGCUGGUCCAAGAGCAGCGCGGGCUCAGGCCCUCGCCACGCCCCCGCCCUCGGUCACGCCCCGCACCACGCCCCCGCAGCGCGCGUCGCC